AUGGAAACAUACAUGCAAUCUCCCCUUCAGUUCGCGGUCACCUCUAAGCUUCACGAAGACGACUUCGUUGAGAGAAAGCCGGACCAGGUCGAGAGGCUCAUUCACCGGGUUGGCGCCGACUUCCUCCUCUUCAGCCAUCGAUCAUUGACGGAGAGCAAGUCGACGACAGGACUUCAUCGCUCCAAGCACUAUGGUGUUAUGACCUCUCUUUUACUACGGUUCGGUACACAGCUUGAGGCUCGCCUAGGCUCACAGACGCUAUGGAACUCCGGCAAGCGCAAGAGAGGCGACCGGGUGUGCGCCGAUUGCAGGAGAAGGGGAGCGAUGAAGCAGAGAAGGGCGUACAGCGAUGACAGUGUCAGUGUUGGUGCGGCCGGAUACAAUCCCUUUGAACCUCGAAACACCGAAGACGCGAACCAUUCAGAGCGAAGGAGUUUCCAGCGCGUGUCACGUCCCGAGAUGGGCAGACCGAGGAGAAGCGGUUGGGGCUUGACAGCAGACGAAGCUCCGAGCCAGCAUGAAGAUGCCGCGAAAGAACUUACGAGCGAAGUCAUCGAGCAGCAGCAGACGGAUAUCUGGGAGCAGUUCGAACAGGCGGGGGACGAAACCAGCGCAGACAUCGAGACAUGGGAGGAUGCAGCGAGAGUGAUGCCACGCUCGGAUUAUCGAUCACAACAUGAAGUUGAGCUGGAUUUCGACUAUCGCGAGAACUUGCCUCCAGCUCUGCGAGAGAGGAACUCUGACAUGGUCGCGCGUUGCCUGGUGGUCGCGGAGCGCAAUAACGAUCUCGACUUCAUCCGCUCUUUGUCGGCAUCGACUUUCUCGCAAUGCAUUGAGCUGCUACAACCUUGCCACAUGACGGAGCAACUGGCUUCUGCACACUUGGAGAUCAGCGGGGCUAUGGCCAAUAUGAUGGGCAUUUCGUCGAUGCGGCGGGUGGCAUGGGAACAUUCUCGGAUGCUGGAAGUGCUUUUGGCUGUACGGCGCUCGGCCGAUCUUAAACUCUCUGCGGACGACUACCGGAUGUUACUGCAAGCAGCGAAAGAUUUAGGCCACCGAAACAUGGCCGUCCGGCUGUGGACGCGCAUGCGGGAGCAAGGUGUGGCACCCGAUAUUGCAUGCUACAACCACUACAUGGGUGCAACUGUUUUGAACGGAAUGUUCAAUCCGGCUGUUCGACACAGCAUGCGUGUCACUGCAUUCCACAUGCUUGCGAGGCGUACGGCCAACCUGGGCAAAUCGUUUGCCAACUAUCGACUGGGGCCGGGGGGGCUGAAGAAAGAGAUUCUGCGAGCAUUCGGGGAGAUGUUGCAGGGAGGUAUCAUUGCAGAUGAAGAGAGCUUUCGGCUUGUGAUUAUGGCAGCCGCUCGUGAGGGCGACACCGACAUGGUUAAAAGUGUGCUCAAGAAGGUGUGGAACGUCGACGUCGACGCAUUGUUCAUUGGAAGAGAUGGAGGUGCCGCCCCAGAGCCCAAGAAGUUGGAACCAUCCUCGCCUCUUUACCCAUCCCCAAAACUGCUCUUCGCGAUCGCUCAUGCGUUCGGCAUCAACAACAACGUUCCGGCUGCACUUCGUACCGUUGACUUUGUUGCUCGACACUUCAACGUUCCUAUCGAUUUGCAGACGUGGGCUCAGCUCUUCGAAUGGACGUUUGUCCUUGCAAUGCCCCGCACAGGCGCCCAGGCGCGUCGUGAUAACGAACAGAACACGGCUGAACGGGCUGGCAAACUCCCUUUACAGAGCGUGCUGUCGCUAUGGGACACCAUGACUAGCGCUCCCUACAAUGUCAAGCCCACGAUGGGUAUGUACAACUACUUGAUUCGAAACCUGGAGCGACGCGAUAUGUUGGAUGAAUUGGUCAACAAGAUGCACAAUGGUCGCCAGCUCUACCGGGAACAUCGGCGUGAGGAAAGGAAGGCGUGGCGAUCACUCAAGCAGGCGGUUAUGCCCUUAUUGAAUCCACGCCUCGGUGAGCAACGCCCGGCCCCACCGAUGUCAGUUCUACAGUCUCUCCGCCGGAACUGGGAGCACCAAGCCCUCGUCAGGCUGCGCAACAUAUUUUGGCUCAAGCGCUGGCUCCGACUGUUCCUUUGGCAGUCCUCCCGUCGAGUUCGUAUCGAUGACAGCGGUGACUGGAUCCUGAGGCAUCUCCCUAGUAUCCUCUGGCAUUGGCGUGGCUACGCACAGAAUGUGGUGAGCUACGAGACGUCCGACGGUUUUGUCGAGAUUCGAUUUCGAACGGAAGCAGAGAUCGAAAGAGGUCGGGAGGCCACGAAGGAGAAACGUGCGCGGCAGGCGAAGGUGCUGGAUCUGGUGCCGCUGGACCAUGGUGAGUGGUGGGUCCGCAAACGGAACACGCGAGAUAGGGAGGAAGAGGUGCGGCGUGAGCCGAGGGAAGGAGAAUUCGAGGCCUGGGAUCGGCCCUGA